AUGAUGCGCCGAAAGGAAACAUAUACCAACAUCACCCCGAUCCCGUCCUGUGUGCCCCGCCAACUAGCCCUCGACAUCCUCCACAGCCACAGCGAAAUCAUCACCCUAAACCCACUGGUCCUCACCCACGAACCAAUCAGAGCCCCCCGCAACGCCAUUGCAGAUGAAUAUUACUCCACGUGGUACGAGAUCACCGAACGAGUCCAAUACAUCCCCGGCCUGGGCAAGAUGGGCUCAGGCAAAAUCAGCUUCAAAGGCUGCUUCAACAACCUCCCCUGGGGUCUGCAGACGCACAUGUAUGCCCCCAUGGGAAUCGACCUCCAAAGCAAGUGGCGGAUAGGGGGCAACCAGCCCGACGAGCCGCCCGAGACAUGGGCGCGGCGAUCGGACGGUGCGCCGCAGAAUGGGCUGUACCUGCGCGAAGAUAUUGAGAUCGAAUGUAAUCGGACUUUGAUUUCGUUUGUGAAGGGGCAGCUCAAGGCUGCGUCGAAGGUGUUGGUGGAUCGGUUGAUUAAGAAGGCGGAGUUGUUGGAUGCGGGGAUUUUGGAGGGCAUGAUGGAGGAUGGGAAGUUGAAGACGUUUAAUCCGGCGGAUCGGAGUGCGCGUGGUUUGCGGCCGUCGUAUUCGACUAGGUCUAGGUAUUCGGAUCAGAUGUCGUCUGCUUCGUCGUGCUAUGAGCCUAGAUCGCCGUCGGUGUCCGGGUCGCAGCAGAGGUACUCGUUGCCGCCGAAGUAUGGACAGGAGCCUACCGGUGCUUUUGAGUUGCCGGCUGAUUAUUAUCAUCCGGCUCCUCAGGCUGCAGGGGAUGUGCCCCCGAGACAGAUGCACUCGAAGCCGACGCCGUUGGAUACGGGCUGCGCGGAGUUGCCUGCUACCCAGGAGGUUCCUGAAGAGCAUGAGAGGGAGGAUUUGCGGUAUAGGCCGUACAGGCCUGUGGAAUAG